AUGUGUCAAGCUUUUAGAGCAUGGAUCAAUGAGCAUGCCCUCAUCGCCUCGAAGCCUGGCUCUGGAAUGGCUGUUACAGUUAAAAAAUGGUCCAAUUUCAUGGAAAGGCAUCAGGAUUGGCUGAAGAAAACUGAUAAUUUGGUGCAACUUUGUCAUCCAAGCUUGGUCAGCCUCGUUGGGUACUGUCAAUACCAAUCAUUACCUUGGUCGAGGAGAAUCAAGAUCGCUAUAGAUAUUGCCAGAGGGCUUAGCUACUUGCAUGAACAAGAUAUACCUAUCAUACACCGAGAUUUCAAGACUGCUAACGUUCUUCUUGAUUGGGUAGAUAUGUUUAACCACAUGAAGAUCGGUAAAUGUUUAGACUGUGUGUACAGAAAAGAAUAA